AUGGUUCUGUCUCUUACUAGUGCCAUAGAGCAGCUUUCCCAGGCUUCAAGAGAUAUUGAGCGUCGGAACGGCGUGAAAGAAAAAGAAAGGAAAAGAAUUAAGGCAGCCGCCACAUUACUGAGGAAUGGGUACCCACCCCAGGACUCUAUCGGAGCAGGUCGACAGUCGACUUAUCUCGACUUCCUCCGCAAGGUUCUACAGCUGAACGGCCCAUCCAUGGUCGUUCUUUGUGCUAUUGGCUUGGGACUGUCGGCAAUUGCCAUCGCAAAGGAGAGUAUACGACUUGAUCUUCCAUAUGAGAUCCAAAAUCACUCUGACCUUGACAACCCUGUGCUCCGAUGGCUUGCACGUCAGUAUCUCAGUUUUUCUCUCUACCCAGAGGCUCCCCAGGCUCCCUUACAAGCCGAUAAUGGAACGGUGAACCAAGUCUCCGAGUCUCACGACGCUCUCGAGCAUCAGGAGCGGGGUCAAGGAAGCUACCAAAUCAUUCAACCGAUCUUUAGCCCUUUGACCGGAGAUGUAUACGAGCUCAACGUGCAAGAUAUUCGAGAUAUCAUAGAAUCGGGCCAGAUAUCAGGCGCAGUAUGGCUCACAGACACGUAUGGAGUGAACACGACAUCUUUUGUUACAAUUCCAGUCAGUAACGAGCUGACGGAUCAAUUAAUCUUACACCGUCCAUUGGCAACAUGGAACCAGCCGCCAAACUAA